GUCAAUUCAAGUUUGACAUUUCGCUGUGUACUUCUAGCAGGCCACUCAUUUCGAAUGAAAUUCAAAAAUUGUUGUUAGGUUAUGUAGCAAUGAAAAUUAAAACAAUUAUUUUGGUUUUAUUUGUCGUUAAUUUUUCUUUUGCCCAGUCCAACGAGGCGGAAAUUGCGGAACAAAUCUAUAAAAAAUUGUUCAAACGCCAACGGGCCGAGCAACUUGAGGCAAUUAAGAGUUUCCGCAAAAUCUCAAGUUAUGAAAAACAGUAUUCCAUGAUAAUGCUCAUGGCUGAGAAAGUAUUCACUGUUAUUCAAGACAGUCGCGCGACAAUCGAAGCUUCACCAUACAUUCCUGGUGUGUCAGACUUCCCCCUAGAUGAUAGGAUCAAAGAUGCCUUAUCGAAUAUUUUGGAGAAUACGGCUCUAUUUUCUGAUAUCAUUUUACGAUUCCCCGACAUAUCUAUAUCAGUAUUAAAGACCAACAACAACUGGGACGUGUUACUACAAUGGAGCAUUGCGUUCUGCAACCAAGUCAGAUAUCUGCUGGACAACAGCACAAUAAAAGCCAUGUCUUUCGCCAGCCAGGAACUGAAUCACGUUGAACGAAAUCCAAACUAUUUCAAUCCCUACAGGAAGCAAGGACCGGAAUUAGACCAGGAAGGCAACCCCAGUAAAGCGAAAAAGAAAAAGAAGGAAAUCAAGAAAGGACCGCGCUUAUCCACGCAUUCAGAACUUUAAAAAAUAGGUCAAUAUACGACUGCUUCUACAAAAAAUGCUCAAUUUUUUUAAUGCAAGGCGUUCAACAAAUAAUUAAAUUUACCACACGUGUUAAUCUUUAGAUAUUUUAAUGCACCACACGUUUUUGUUUAUUACUGAUAUUGUUUAUAGUGAGAAAGUUCUUAUUACGCACUGUAGUUUAGUGAAAGAAGUCAGUAUUAAACAUAAACAGGAUUUUCGGGCGCUAAUGACAAUCUUAUUAUAAAAAAAUAAUAAUAUUUAAUAUUCAAAGUGGUCAAGAAUGACCUUUGUUGGAUGAAGCAUGGUGAAAUGUUACCAUAAAUAAUUUUAAGAAGUUACAGCUUUUAGAUUUUGUAGAUGUUAUACAAUAAAUAAAGAUUUACGCUUUAAAA